UCUUAACCUACUUGGCGGCCAUGCACAAUCUUUGACAGUUGUAUGUGAAGGAAGCUGAAAUAUUUGUUUUCAGUGGGCUAUAUGUAAGACGUGAGUCAUUCAAGCACGUUCGGGACGGUCGUCCUACAGAUCCAACAGUUUGGUUUUCACCCAGAGAUGGAUGACGAUGAACGGCAGAGGAAACUGGAAGCUGGCAGAGCUAAGAAACCCACCAGCAUGCCGCGCAGUGGAUCGCUUGCUAGCUUCAGACAGAAGCGGGCGAAAGGCGACAGUUCGGGGUCGACGAAAAAGACGCAGAAGAGGAAGAGCAAGAAUGUCCCGCAGAAUGACGGCGCGUCGCAAGUCUGUGGCGUAGAAGCACCGCUAUCUGCCACAGAUACAGAACUGGAGACCAACACCAAUAAAGAGGAGCUUCACAGUGAGAACAACCAGAUCCUUGCACAGAAGGCAAAUCUGUCUGCAGUCAAGGACUUUGGAGAUGAAGAUCUUGUCACACUGACUGGCAGAGAGCAACUAAAGCAGUUACAGGAAGCUGUGGAAAAGCGGAAUGAGAUUAUUUCCAAGCUCACCACUAACUUGCAGGAGGCUCUGGCAAGUCGAGACCAGGUUCAACUGCAGGCUCAAUCGAUGGCCAGUGAGAUUCAAGGACUUCAGAGACAACUCCAGCAGACGAGUGCUGAGUUUCUGCGCAUCAAAAGUCAGGCUGCCAAUGAUGUUUCAAAUGUUGGCCACCAGCAGUUUAGUCAUGGCCUCUCAAAUGGAGAUCCUGCCGAUAAGAACACCUUGUCUGAGGGAUCCAACUGUGCAGAUCCUGACUCUCUUCUGAAAGAACUGGAGACAAAACUCGAGCUGGAGCAACAAAAAAGCCAACAAUUACGUGCCGAAUAUGAACAUGAAAAAGCUAGUCAUCAGCGUGUGCUCUCACAGCUGCGGGAGGAAAAGAAACGCUUGGAAGAGCAAGGAGAAGAAUGGGAGCUUCAGCUAGCAGACCUCCAGACUCAGUGCCUUGAGAUGCAUCAGUAUAAAAAGGAGAAAGAGAAGCUGAACCAAGAAGUCCUUGAGUUACGAACACGGCUUCAGGAGGAGGAGGAGGCUGAGAGGAGGUGCAAGGAGGAGGGCAACACCUAUUUAAUUAGUCUUCAAAGGCUUGAGGAAGAGAUGAAGAUUGCUAUUGAGAACCACCAAGCAGAAAUGGAGCAAGUUAAGCAGCUGCUGGAGGAGAAAGAUAGGGAACUCAAGCAUAGAGAAGAUGAGGUCAUUGAACUCAAAGACUUCAAGAACAAGCACAAUCAGGUGAAGGCAGGGUUGGCACCUGAAGCUGCUGAGGAGGAACACCAUUUUCAAAGCAGACCAGAUGAGGACAACAUGAAUGUUUUGAUACCUGAGGACCUUCUUAUGGAGAGAUACUUGCCACGUGCUCCGUUUGUGCGCUCGCCCUCUUCCCUUGCCAAUGAGGGGUCCGAACAAUGCAGUCAACUAGACGUCUCUAACUACAGUUUCGAGUUGAACAGUGAGGUGCUCGGGGAUCGUCAUCUUUUAGCUUCCAAGAAGGAGGAUGUCGACUUCCUCUGCAGCUCCCCCUCCAUCCCGGUGGAAGAUACGUCAAACUGUCUGUCUCAGUGGGUCAUUGAUUCUGACUGUGACAGGCUGGAGAUGAGUCAGCUUUCGGAGCAGCCACUUCAGGAGCUGGACCUGGAGAAAGAGCUGCUGAACCAACAGUGUGCCGAGCUCCGUCAGGAGAUUACUGUCAAAGACAAGGACCUGGCUGCGCUUAGAGAGGAAGUCUGCAGGAUUACUAAAGAGUUGGAUGCAGCUCAGAGCAGAUGUGUGCAAGUGGAUAAUGAGCUGAGGCAGGUUGGCUUGCAACAAGAGGAUAAAUCAAAGAGAAAUUGUGCCAAACAGCUAGAGCCUUUGAAGACUGACGAUGAUUGUGAUGAAGAUCUCAACAUCAAUGUUGCCGUCCUUAAAGAAAACCAAAACCACGGCCAUUCCUUGUCACCAGAAAACGAUGCCCUGGCAGAGGCCCAACCAUUAAAGGACUGUUGUGGUGGCCUGGAGUCACAGCUGAAGGAGACCACAGCAAACUAUGAAACUACACUGGCCAUUCUCAACCAAAGGACCGUGGAGUUGGAGGCUGCAUCAAAAGAACUGGAUACUGCCCGAAAUCAGCUUCUCAAAAUCCAGACAGAAAUGUUGGGACUUCAGGAACAGCUGGAGGAGAGCCAGACCAGUCUGAAUAGUGCUGAGGAGCUGAAGCAAGAACUUGAGUCUAAGGUAGUUUGUCUGUCACAAAGCCUUACCACACUGGAGGAGGAACAAGCUCAAGUCGUUCUCGAGCGGGAGGAGAGCAUCAAGAAAGGAGAGCAAAUGGAUGAGCGGAUAAAAAAGAUGGAGCAAGUGCUGGAGGAUGAACUGGAACAGUUUGAGAAUUUGCUCAAAGCAAAGGAAGAUGAGUUUGCAGAAGAAAGGGAGAAAUGGGAGGUGGAGAAACAGGAGAAGAACCAAGAGCUUUUCGAUGUGCGACAAAUUCUUGAGCAGCAGAAGAGGGAGAUGGAGCAGGAGGUCAAGUUUUUGUUGGACAAACAGGCCCUAGCUGUCGAGGAGACAACAGCAGAGCUGAGCAAGUCACAUCAACAGGAGGUAGAUGAUCUGUUGGAUAAACAGCAGCAUGAGAUCUCUGAACUCAACAAGUGGAUGGAGAAGGAGGUGCAGCAACAGAAGGCCACAAUGGAGGCUGAGCAGAAGAAACAAAUCAGUCUCAUCAAACAGGUGACCGAGCGCGAGCAUGAGAGGAUGACGUCAGAGCUAGUAGCCAAACACAAUGAGGAGCUGGUUCAGCUGAGGUCCGAGCUCUCCCGGGAGUUGGAAGCUGCCCACCAGGCUGAGCUGCAACAGGCUCAGGAUCAAAAGUUUCUGGAUCUUGAAGUGCUGCGUCUGAAUCUGACCAAAGAGUGUGUGGACUACAAGGACAGCCUCGCUAAAGCCCAAGAGGAACUUGCAAGCACUAAGGCCUCACUUUAUCAAACCAAAAAAGCUCUGAAUGAUGCCCAGCAAGCUUUAUCUCAGUCUCAGUCAGAGCUGUUGGCUGAACCUGAGAGAAGUCAGAAGGACUACAAUGAGAAGAUUCUGGGAAUGGAGGUGGAGCUGAAGCAAGCCUGGGCUGACAGAGAUGUGGCAGCCACAUCUUUGGAGGAGCUGGUAUCAAGUCAUUUGGCUGCACUGCAGGAGAAACAGCAGCAAGUGCAUCAUCUGGAAGAGAAGGAGCAACAAUUGCAGCAAGAGGUACUGCGCUUGCAGGAAGAGAGAGACUCACUAAAAAAGAGUUCGGAGAAGGAAGUAGGUCAACUGUGGACCCAGCUGGAGAGCAUGAGAGCGAGCCGUCAAGAGUUGGGAGAACUGAAGGAGCAGCUGUUGGCGCGCUCGUCACGUGUUGAGGAUAUUGAACGCCUUAAAGCAGAAUUCAGUGAGCAAAAACGUGAAAUUAAGGAGCAGAAUGAGGUGGAGUUGGAAAGCCUCCGGAGGUACUUCGAGCAACGACUGCAAUCAGCAGAGGAGAACCACAGGGAGGAAAUCGCUCUUCUCCAGCUGAAGCUGGUGGAAGGCGCCCUGGAGGAGUCGGUUCUCAGAACCACAGAUCCCAGGUCCAUAUCUGGAGGCCCGGUGGUGCACAAGAAGGAUGAUUCGCUUUCUGAAAACACCCUCAAACCAGACAAACAGGAAGUUCUUGACAGUUUGCGUGACCAGCUGGAGACCAGCCACAAACAGGCACUGGAAAAUGUGCAAGCCUCAAUGACUCUGUCUUUCAAUGAGGAACUAAAUCAGAUGCGCUCAGACCUCACUGAUCAUUACUAUAAAGACCUGCAAGAGCUGAAGUCUCGGCAUGCACUGGACCUGGAGCAGCUCAGAGCCAAACUUUCAGACUUACAUUUACAUGAGAUCACUCAACUGCGUUUGGAUGCAGCCAGACAUGUUGAGGUGGAGGUAGAGCAGAGAAUGUGGAGCUUCAGUGAAGAGCUACAGACCAAAGUGGCCAUUAUUCACUCAUUAGAGGAGAGCCUUACUGCUUUGAGAACACAACAGGACAGAGCACUGACAGACAUGGAAAAGAAGUUUGCUGAGGACCUCGCUCAGGUCAAUGACGCCAAGGAACGACAUGAGAACGAAAGUAGGAAGUUGGGAGAGGAGUUGAAUUCCAAACAUGAGACUGAACUGGAAGACUUGAGGAGGGGGCUUUUGAAGCAGAUGGACGAGGAAAAGAGAUGUUUGGAGCAAGCAGUUCAAGAAGAGAGGGAGAGGUUGCAGAAUCUGCAGACCGGCUCAGACACUUCUGAAAGUCAGCAAGUAAAGAAACAAAAUCAGAAACUGGAAGAUGAGGUCAUCCCUGGGUUGCAUCACCAAAACCGUUGCAUUAUCACUGAUAUUAAAGAGCUUAGAGUCCUCCUACAGGAGCAAGCAGAAGAGCGCUUGCGCCAGAGCCAAAACAGGUUCCAGACGGAGAAGGCCAUGUUGGAGCAGUGUCUGUCGCAGAAGUAUGACACUUCUUUAUCUGAGCUGCGAAGUAAACACCAAACUGAGAUGGAACAAUUGAGGGCAGCGCUGCUUAAGCAACACUCUCAAGAGAAGGCCUUAUUGGAGGAUAAACACAAAGCUGGCCUUGAUUUGCUGGGUGCCAGUCACAGAGAACAGCUCUCCGCUACCGUCGCUCAGCUAGAAUGCAAACACAACAGUCAGCUUGUUUCCUUGGAAGCAGCACUCAAUUCUAAACGGAAGAAGGACCUUGAGAGUCUGGAGACAGCAUUUCAAGAAACCAGUCGUGCUCACCUGGAGGUUCUUGAGUCUGAGCUGAGUGUCAAACACCAGGAGGAGAAGGAUGAGCUCGAGAAGAGGAUGCUUGCUAAUAUGGACACUCUGGAGGCCACAUAUCUGAAGGAGGUUCAGACUCUGCGCGAUGAAAUUGUUCAGCGUGAAGAGAAGCACUUGAAAGACCUUCAGUCUCAACAAACAGAGCAUCAAAAGACAAUCGAGCGAAACCUUGAAGAACAGAAAUCCAUCAGGGAGGAGUUACGGAAGGAGCUGGCUCAGCUGCACAUGGACAAGUUUAGAGCCAUGGCAGCUGAGUUGAGCCAGGUUCACAAGGCUGAACUCAUGGCACAAAAGGAAUCUUUGGAUAUUGAACACUGCAAUGCUCUUGGUGUCCUGAAGAAACAGGUUUUGGAGCUGGAACAGCAACACAGUGCUGCCUUGCAGGAGCUCUCUCUCUCCUACACAGCUGAGAAGCAGCAGGUGAUUGAUGAGCAUCAACUGCAACUUCAGGAACUGAGGAGUGUUUCUGCCCGAGAAUUGGAGGCUUGUCGCAGGGAGCUAGAAGAAGAGUCGUCAAGGCAACGGCAGCACUUCCUAGAGGAGGCGGAGCUUGUUAAAGCCCAAUCAGAGGAGCAAAUGCAGGACAGGAUUAAUCAUUUGAAGACUACGUUUGAAGAGAAGAAGGAGGCGGAGCUUGUGGACCUGAGGCGGAGCUUCACAGCAGAGCAAGAAGAGAAGGAGCGCCACUACACAGACAAAAUGAGCCAGCUCACUGCCCAGCUGGAACAGCUGGAUGCUGUGGUCACCCAGCUCCGGGCUGAAGUUGGUUGUCUGCAGGGAGAAUUGGAAGGCAAGCGUGCAGAAAUGGAGACCCUCGACACGCUGCUCCAGAGAAGGGAGCGAGAGAGUCAGGAGGGGGGCAACCACCUGAAACUGCUCACAGACGACCUGCAGGCUGCCAAGGAGGAAAGACACAAACUGCAUCAGGCCAACAGUCACCUGACCAGUGUUGUGCUCGAGAUGGUUCGCAGUAUCGCCGCCCUGGAAGACCUAAUUGGCCAAAAGAUCAGUAAAAGAGCCAUUGCACCUGACCUGGCUACGAAUCACAGAGGCCUCACGGGGAACAAGGACCCACAUGAAUCUGGUAUUUCUGUUGCUGAAAUGACAACAGAAGAUUUUGAGUUUAGUAAUGUGCUCUCGGAGAGCAUGGUGGUCUCGGACGCACAGAUCUGCCCUGGAACUGAAAAAGAAAUGGCAAUGACCGCCUGCAGGAGCCUUCAGCUUACAGUGGACACUCUCCUGGAGCUCCUCAACCGGGCCAAUGAGCAGCUGGAGCGGACACACGAUGUUCACCUUUCACUGGAGGAGAAGUUCUCCCAGGGCAGAGAGGACACAGCACAGCUCGUGGAGCAGCACAAGCUUCUUCUGGAGCAGAUGGAUCAAGAAGCCCAGGAGAAAAACAAACUGGAGCUCAAACUUCAUAAAACUGAGGGCUUACUCGAGGGCUAUGUGGCAGAGAAGGCUAUUCUGGAGGAGACUUUGCUGCAAAAGGAAGCUCAAGAAGAGAGACUGGUGGAGGAGCUGGAGGACUUGAGAGUCAAGGUUCACCAGAUGCAAGGCCUGUCUGCAGCAUUGGACGUUCUACAGGUUGAACACCAGGCGCUCACUGAGGAGCACACAGUUCUCCUACGCCAGAAGGAGCAUCUCUCCGCGGACCUCGGAGAUCGAGAGAAAGCUCUGCUUGCUGAGACGGAACGUUUGACCCAGGACCGUCUGGACCUGCAACGACAGGCUGAGAAGGACCACAACUCCCUGUCUGUCCGCCUUAGGGCCCUGGAACGAGAGCUGGAAGAGCAGGAGACUAAAGGCCUGGAGACUGAGCUGCAUCACAAGACACAGACUGAGGAUCUAAACCAGCGUGUGCAGGCGCUUGAGAAGCAGCUGAAGCACGACAGGCAGUUCAUUGAAGAGCAGGCAGUUGAACGAGAGCACGAGCGAGACGAGUUCCAGCAAGAGAUCCGGAGGUUGGAGGCCAACCUGAGACAAACAACUGGUGUAGAUAACAAAGUACACAGGUUUGAAGACUUGGUUCUGCAGGUGGAGAAUCUCCAGGCUGUCAUCAAAGACAAGACUGAGGACCAUGCCACCUUGGUAGCUGCCAACCAGCAAGCGCAGCGGGACCUUGCUGAGCGCAAUGAAGAGAUCGACAAGCUUGCCGGUCGAAUCCGAGAGCUGGAGCAGGCUUUACUUAACAGCGCAGAGAGCAACAGAGCUGUGGGUCAAUUGGAGCAGAAGCUUAACAAAGCAAAGAUGAGGGAACAGGAGCUCACUCAAGAUAAGCAGGCUCUCGAGCAGCAGCAGCUGGCCAACAGGCUACAGAUCUCAGCCUUGCAGUCCAAACUCGAUGAAACGAGACACUGUUACCAUGACAACACUCACGACCCCACCCUUGAGCUGAGGGACGCUCUUGAUUCUGCUCGGCAGAGUUUACAAAGCAAGGAGCAGCAGGUUGAAAUUUUGACGACCCAACUGGAAAACCUUCAAAGUGACUUGAGCAUCAAGGAGGUGGAGCUGAAGCACCUGACACUCCAGCUGGAGUUGCUCACCAAUCAGAACGCUGCUCGUGUCGAUGAGCUGUUGGAAGAGAUCUCAGCUCUGAAGGAGAAUGUUUCUGCACUAACUGUACUCGCAGAGGAAAAACAGGAACUACGACAGCUGGAUGAUCCAGAUGAGGACUCCUUUCCCUCAGCUCUCCUGGAGGAGAAGAACCAGGAAAUUGAUCACCUCACUCUUGAAGUCCAGAGAUUAGAGCAGGAGCUGGAAAACACCCGAGACUGCAAGGUGACAAACUCAAAAACUCUUGAGUCUGAACUGGCAGACCUGAGCUCACAGGUGGAACAUCUGACUUCUGAAAUCACUCGAGUGCGUCAGGACAAGCAGGAAGAAGAGGAGCGCCUUCAUGAAGUUAUCAGCACACUCCAGGCAGAGCUUGCUACGCUGGGGCCAAACCUGCAUGAAGUCAGCGACUCUCAGGACGGUGACAGCAUCAAUCCCUCGCCUUCUCCAAGCCCAGAGCCGCACGGUUACAUCAUUCAAGAACAUGCGGGGAGAGCGGAACCAAAUAAUCUCAAGCAGGAGCUCAGUAUGACUUCAAUCCCAUCUCGCUCCUUACGAUCCCGAAUCAAGACUCUCCAGGCUCAGUUGGAUACAGCUGCAGCAGAGAAAGAGGGACUUGAGCGCCUGCUGCUCACCCAGGAGGAAGAGUACAGAGCGCAGGGUGAAGAGCUAGGAUCAAGUCUCAGAGCUGAGAGAGGGAAGUUGGUUGAGCUGCAAAAUAUUCUUACCCUUAAAGAAGCUGAGCUGGAGAAGGCUGGUCGUCAGCUGGAGGAAGAGCAGAGGAGGAGAAAAGAUGGUGAAGAAGAGCGAGACCUUCACAGAAAUCAAGCGCAGCGGGCUUCCAUUCUGCAACAAGAAAAUGACAAGCUCAACUCUCAGCUGCUGGAACUCCAGCAAACGGAACCCCUCCGAUUGCAAGAGGUUGAAGCUCUCAAGACCAAAAUGCAGGAGGCCAAAUCUGAAGCGCAAGUGAUGAGAGAAAGCUGCCUCACUCUGGAGGGCCAGGUCCAGAAACUCAGAGCUGAGGUGUCAGACAUGGAGCAGCUGGUCGCUCAGGAGAGGGUUAAAUCGCAAGUGAUAGUCAAAGCAGAGCUGUCGGCAGAGCGGGAGGUUCUUAGGCGGAGAGAAGGGCAACUCCUUGAGGAAAUUGAGAGGCUCAAACAGGAAGUGACUUCACUGAAGGUCCAGAUCGACUGUCUGACUGGGAAGCUGGGUGAAAAGGAAACUUGUCAAGAAACCCACAGGGAACUCCUGGAACAUGCAGAGCACACCAGAGACAAAGCCGUAGAAGAUUUAAGACAGAAGGAGAAGGAGCUGGGCAGACUGGUGUCUGAGCAUCAAGCUCUGAAGGCAGAGCUGACCGUGGUGAAAGAGCAGUUGGUCACUGCAACAGACCUAGCUGACAAACUUCAAGAUGAAUCACAUAGGAGAGACUGUGAACUGGCUGAUGUGAAGACGCACAACCAACAUUUGAAACGGGAGCUGGAAAGCCUUCAGGAGGAUCUGGCCCGCCAGGAUGACCGACUGUCUUCUCCGCAACAACGGCUGAAACUACCUUUCACAUCUCCUCACCACCAGGAAUCCCCCCAGAAGGAUGCUUCCCACCACUCCUUCAGAGACGUGCUUUGUGAUGGAACCUCUCUGAACUCUCCGGAGGUUCUGAGGAAAAUGGACGUGUCAGCAGAACGAUUUCUGGGGCCUUCCCACUCUUUAGUGCUGGGCUCUCGUUUGUCUGAGCUUUAUAGUGUAGGCCUGGACAACACCUCACUACACAACUCCCCCAGGGUGGUGUUGGAUUCCCCACAUUCUAGAACCAUUACCCCUGACCCUGAAACCCAGAGCACCCACUCUCCCAGGUCCGUGUCGGACAACUAUUCUGUGCUGGACUCACUGGAUGCUGAUAAAGUGACCGACAUUGGGGACCUGACUACACCUACAUCUCCUCUGGGCUCCAACUCUUCUCUGUCAGCCCCUGAAUGGGCCAGUGAUGGAUACGGCAGCAACGUGAGCUCUGAGUUGGGAGCGAGGCUGCGGGUGGAGCUGGAGCAGACGGAGCGGCUUGAUGCUCAGUUUGUGGAGUACCUCCGCUGCAGAGGCAUGAACCCCACCACUAACACUGACAGUGCUGCGGGCAGCAUGAGCUACAGCGAUGACCUCUUGUCACCUGAACUUCAGGCUUUGUUGAAGAAAGUGUAUCAGGAGAGCUGCCGAAUUCUGACUCUGUCCCAACGCCGGCCUACACCCUCUCACAUCUUCGCCUCAGAUGUGAGGCCAACCUCGACGGCGCAAGCUGAGGGAUGCUCCAGUGUGCUGGCCCAUCGCGGAGACUCCAGUGAUGUCCCACCGAUGACCUGGCAGCAGGAGAAGAGGGCGCUCCAGGAGACCGUGAUCGCUCUCCGAGAGCUGCUGUGUCGAAUGGCACAGAGACAUACUGCAAGUGACGCCAGAGUCGAUGGUGACUGGAACAGAGAGCAGCUAUCAAGAGAGCUUCAAGUGAGCACAGAGCUGGAGGAGAGCCAGAAGCAGCUCCAAUGUGCCCACGACAAACAGCAGGAGCAGAGGAGUGAAAUACAGACUCUGAGGUCCACCAUAGAAGAAGGCCAGCAAGUGUUGAAGAGCGAGCAAACCAGAGUUCACGAACUUGAGCAGCAACUGGAGCAGGAAAGGGCCUUGAGCCACCGCAGAGAGCGAGAGGUGGAACAUCUGAGAGAGGCAAAGCAUGACUCCUCUGAGCAGCAGAGGUCAGAGGUUAUGGCUCUGAAGGGUCAGGUGGAGCAGGAGAAAGUGGCUUGCAGCAACCUGAAACGUGAGCUGCAGAUAGAGCAGUCCCGCACCGUCCUGUUUGAGAAGCGUUUGGGUGAGACUCAGAAAGAGCUGCAGGAUGGACGUGAGCUCUGGGCCCACCAGCAGGAGUUGCAUCAGCAGAAGACGACACACCUCGAAGGCCUCCUGUCCACCUCAGAGUCCCAGGUAUCAGACCUUCAUGCCAAGCUCGCAGGCACUCUCAGAAGCCUGGAAGAAGAACGGGACCGGUGCUUGAGACUGCUGGAUGAGAUGAACCAGCGCGCAGCUGAAACAGCCAGUGACCGGAAGUUCAUCUCUGACAUCCAAGCCCAACUGGAGCAGGAGCGUCGGCAGGUCGAAGAGCUGGCCACCGAGAAUGGAUUGGUGAGAGAGGAGCUGCAUCUGUGCAAGAGGAAUCUGGAAGAUGUGAAAACUACUGAAGCAGAAAGUCGUCACACCAUAUACACCUUGAAGGAACAGACCCAGGAAUUCAGUCAGGCCUUGGAGGCAGAAAGAGAGCGAGCAGGGAACCUGAAAGGAGAAUUGAAAGAACUGAAGGAGCAAAUCCGAGUGAUGAAGGACAAGGAGAAAGAGUGGGAUGAUAAGUGGGAGACAGAGAGAAGGAAGUGCUGGCAGGAGGGGAUCGAGAGGGAGCGAAGACAGGAACGGAUGAACAACAAACUGUGUCAGCUGGAGAUGCUGAGGCAACAGGACCAGCAGCGCAUGCAGGAACUCCAGCACACUCUGGAGGAGCUGGAGAAGGAAGAGAAGGCCAUGGCAGCUCAGAGGACGUCACAGCUCUCCAUUAGGUCUCCCAGCUCUCGUCCACUCGCUGAUGUCCCGGGUGGAGGCUCACAGCCACACAGCCAGGUGCAGAUGUCUUCCUGCGCCCUAAUGGACACACUGAUGAAGGAGAACUCGGAGCUGUCGGAGCGUGUGAGGUCCCUGAGUCAGGAGAAGGCUGCUCUCAAACACAAGCUCCACCUGUUGGAGCGUCAGCUGCGCCGCGCAGAAGGCGCGCUCGCCAAGGUCUCCAUGGAAACGGAAAACAUACCUGUCAACGAGGGGACCAGCAACGUCAAGAUGCAGCGGUUAUAUGAGCGCUACCUGCGCGCUGAGAGUUUCAGGAAAGCUCUGGUUUACCAGAAGCGGUACUUGUUGCUGCUGCUGGGAGGAUUCCAGCAGUGUGAGCAGGCCACUUUGUGCGUCAUCGCCAAAAUGGGGGCGCGUCCUUCCACACCGAUCGCCUCGAGACAUCGACCACUGGGAAGAUUUAGGGCCACUGUGCUGGUCGUCGUCGCAAUUUCCAGAAUGAAGUUUCUGACCAGGAAGUGGCUGAGGGCCAUUCGGAAGAUCUCCGCUCCGGGUGUCAUGAAUGGCCACACUUCAGGAUCUAAAGCCGAUAUUUUAGGGCAUCAGAAGUCGAGGUGCAGUUCUGAAUCACCCCCCAGCAGGAAUGCAGUUUCAGCCCUAGUUCCUCCGAGCAAGUCUCCCUUCAGGCUGCACAACAGGUCGUUCUCCACCUCCCCGGUGGCUGCGGGGUCGGCUCAGGAUCCAGAGAAGUCCUUGACUGAUUACAUCCGUCAUUUAGAGAGAGUGCAACUGCGACUGUCGGGGUCCGGACAAGAUUCUUCAGUGUUUCCGUCUGACCCAAAGAAGUCGGAGCACUGACUCGCCUUGCCGUCUGUGCUCUUGUUCCAGCUCCAGAUGCCUUAAACAGCUGCCCUGCUGAGUCAGUGUUCCGUCGACUCUGUGUUCUCCGAUAAAUUAUUUUAAAAUGGUUUUAUACAGUAUAAGUGCGUCCUGGCAGCUUGUUGAAAUCCUUUAAGAGUUUUGUAACAUGUUUGUAAAUAUAUGUUUAUUGUUCAUGUGUUGAACUUUUUAUCUGUUUGUAACUUGAAAAUUU